AUGCCUACGGAGGUUACAUCAAAGCGACAAGUCACCCGCAGACGGGAGGUUGUCGAGAUACCCAAACUGAAAACGCGUGACCCACGUUUCGACCCCUUGGCGGGAAAACUGAACGAAGCGCUUUUCAACACAUCCUACGGUUUCAUUCGGGAGUACGAGGAGAGCGAGAUCGAACUGCUCCGAAAGCAGAUCGUAACCACAAAAGAUCCCAAGGCAAAGGAGAGGCUUACGAACACGUUGCAGAGCAUGACGUCUCGGAUACAAACACGGAAAGCGAAGGAGAAGCGACAAGAGAUGUUGCGGGAAUGGAAGAAGACGGAGAGAGCCGCUGUGGCUCAAGGGAAGAAGCCAUGGCAGCUGAAGAAGUCCGACAUCAAGAAGAUGGAGCUGGUAGAAAAGUACAAGUCCAUGAAAGAGAAGGAUAUCGACAAGCUUCUCGAAAAGCGGAGGAAGAAGAAUGCUGCAAAGGAGAGGCGCUUCUUGCCUUACAACCGUCGGUCCGCCGCUUGA